AUGAACUCAAUCGUGUGGUCGUCGAGGGGCGGAGUGGUGGGUGCAGCGCGCACCGAUAUGUUCUUUCAUGCGACGCUAGCACGUUCGUUUAUCAACGCACUUUCCUUGAGAGGUGAUGAUGAUGUGAUCGAUCGGCUCAACUACUACUAUACUCCGAUUAUGCUUUCGAUCGCUUGCCUGAUUAUCAGUGCCAAACAGUAUGGAGGUACACCAAUUGAAUGUUGGGUGAAUCCACAUUCAAGGGAAAGUAUGGAGGAAUAUAUUGAAAGCUAUUGUUGGAUUCAGAACACGUAUUGGGUGCCGAUGUACGAGAACAUUCCGGAUGAUCAUACGGCACGAGAAGAAAAACAAAUCGGCUACUACCAAUGGGUACCUUUUAUACUCAUAGCUGAAGCGCUUAUGUUUUCAUUACCGUGCAUUUUUUGGCGUCUACUUUCAUGGCAGUCAGGGCUUAACAUUCAACAUCUUAUAAACGCUGCUUGUGAUACGAAUGCAGUCGUUGAUCCGCUGGAUCGUCAAAAGGCGGUGGAUGCUCUGGUCUCAUGUUUCAUCGAUAAUCUCGAUCUACAGUCACCAAAUGGGGAAAUACCUCUACGAAGCAUAAUAGCCAGAAUUAAAUGUCAAAGGCUCCUCUCCGGUCACUACGUUUCUUGUCUAUAUUUGCUCACAAAACUUUUCUACACAAUCAAUAUAGUGGUACAAUUUGUGCUCCUCAAUGCGUGCCUCAAAUCGGACGAGUACCUCUUUUUUGGAUUUCAGGUUCUACAAGAUCUUCUUGCCGGCAAACCAUGGACAGAAUCGGGACAUUUUCCUCGUGUGACACUUUGUGAUUUUGAAGUUCGAUAUUUAGCAAAUCUUAAUAGGUAUACUGUACAAUGUGCUCUUCUAAUCAAUAUUAUAAAUGAGAAGGUUUUUGCUUUUCUCUGGUGUUGGUACCUUUUACUAGUCGUCAUUACAACUUUUUCCACAUUGUGUUGGUUGAUGAAUAGUCUGAUCCCAUCAGAAAAAAUCGAUUAUAUCCUCAAAUUCAUGCAAAUAGCACAAAAUAGUGACAGGAAGAAGCAGCUGAAAUUUUCAAAGGGCAGCCCCGUGGAACGGGUCUACUCCGUAAUUCCGUUCGCUCCACAUCUUCUUGACCGAUUCGUCCUCGGUUUCCUGAAAUCUGAUGGAGUGUUUAUACUCCGAAUGAUGGCGAAUCAUGCCGGUGAUAUCGUUGUUGUGCACAUCGUUAAAGCACUUUGGCAAGAGUUUCGCGAAAGAAAUUGGCGAGAAUUCGAAGAAUUCGAAGAAAUAAAGGAUCAACAUUUUCGACGUAAUCCAAAGGGUUCAAUCGUUGUCGGACCUCCUUCAAUUCAACAACAUCGAGUGGUAACAAUAGGAAAUCCUGUAGCAACAAUAAUGAACGAUUCGAUGAACAGCGAAAAAGGAUAUCUGUGA